AGACGCGCUGUUCGUGAACUGAGUACAUAAGAUUAGAAGGGCUUUAGAAGAGCAUGUUUUGUAGGUGACGCCUACCAAACCCAAGUUAUACAAUAACCUGUGGGGUAUUAGAGAUCUAUGUAUUUGUGGUAUAGCUUAGUGUUUGUCAUGCUCAUCACAACCAACCAGCUUCACCUGUUACGAUGCCACGUUUCACCUUUCUGGAAUUCUGAGCACACGUUGUGUACCUGCUUGCUAAGGCUUGCCCAAAGGCUCAUCUGUUCUGACCAGGUUUCCUGCAUUUGCACCUGUUUCUGGGUUAUGAUCUGUGUGUGGAAUUAUGGCUCUAUGAAUAAAAUGAGCUGUGCAUUAAAGGAUAAAAACACAUUAACCUCUAUUGGAUUAAAACCUACAAAGAGAUAAAACAAUUCUCUGUCCUGGUCUGCUCAUCUUGCUCUUCCAGAACUGGGCUUAUUAAUGCUCAAAAGUUCAAACUUAUACACUCUGUCCCAUGCAAGCACAGGAAAGGCACAGGAAAGUCUGUCUGGUUAGGCUCACCUUUAUUUAUUGUGUUGCACUUUCCGAAGUUCUAAACUUCAUAUACGACUUUGAAAGACAGGAAAGGCCAAACGCCAGCUAGACCACAAUGCACCGAUUCAAAAAUGAACGAAUGUCAGACUACUUCCAGCUCAUGUCUGGGCUUCAAGAACUUGACUUCCAAGGGAAAGCGGUACCCAGUGACUUGGUGUUGAUAGGCAACCAUUCCUUCCCGUUGUCCAUGAACACAAGAGGUCAGGUCCUAAUGGCUGCAUCUCGCUACGGCCAAGGACGUAUAGUAGUCUUGGGUCAUGAGAAGUUCUUAACCCAUUUCCCAGGCUUGGUGGAGAAUGCAUUGGUUUGGCUCAUGCCCUCUAAUGGUAACAGCAACACAGUAGGCAUUCAUAAGAGUCUUAGUUCGCUUGUUGAAAACCUGUCUUAUUGUUCUUUGAAAACCAAGACCGGAGACUUCCAGAGCGAUUUUGCAGUCUAUGUCUCUGACGCCUACAGUGUGGAUGAGUGUGUGAAAGAUAUGGUGGCCUUUCUCAAAGCUGGAGGAGGCUUGCUGAUAGCAGGGCAAGCCUGGGGCUGGGCCAAGGACCACCCAGAGGAGAACACAUUACUCAGCUUCCCAGGGAAUAAGGUGUGCAGUGUGGCAGGAAUCUACUUCUCGGAACACAUGGGGGAGCUUGGCAAGUUUCCGGUGCCCACACAAAUUCCGGCAAACUGGCUUUCAGUGUCGAUAGGCAAAGACUUCAGACAUGACCUACGGGUCCUACUAGAGGGCGUUUCUGAGUUUGACAUUCAAGGUGGGGCCCUUCCAUCUGAGGUGAUGGUACACGGACCUUUGGCCUUUCCUAUUGGACUCACUCCAGAUGGUAGAGCCUUCAUUGCAGGGGCCUACUAUGGUCAGGGAAAAGUAAUUGUGGCUUCCCAUGAAGGAUACUUUGGUCUUGAUUCUCUGUCAACUUUUCUGAUCAAUGCUGUGCGCUGGCUCGACGAGGGCCGUAAUGGAGUCAUCGGUAUCUUACCACAGUUUCAAUAUAUCCAUCGCAUUCUGAGCGAAUCAGGGCUAAAGUGUGAGUUCACUGGCUUUAGGGAAGAUUUGAGCGUGUUUGUAUGCACCUCCUACAGUGAUGCUCAGUGUCAGGAGAUCCAGGAAUACGUUGCUGAAGGUAGUGGCCUCCUGAUAGGUGGCCAUGCUUGGUACUGGGCCCAGAGCAACCCUCACCGCAAUGUAAUGACAGAAUACCCCGGAAACAUCAUCUUGAGUAAGAUGGGCCUGUCACUUAUGGGAAACACCUUAAAGCCUGCUGUGUACAAGGCCCAGGAAGUGCCAAAACAUGGAAAAUCCACUACAUACCACUUCCGUAACUUGCUGAAGAGCUUUGCUAGUCAUGUGAUCAGCGGCCAGCAGCUAACACAGCAUGAGCAGGAGUAUCUGGAUAAGCUCAGGCAUGAUUGUGCAAAUUACCUGCAAAUGCAGGCCCACAACAAUGCUUCCUACACCUCUACGGUGGCACUCAUCACAGACAUGCUGAAACAGACUGGUGUGCCACAAGCGAGCCAUGCUUAUCCUGUGGAAAGUGCCAAGGACAAACUGAUGCUGCACAUGAGCACUGAGGUCUACAAGGUUUGCCCAAACCCGGAUGAGCUUCUGCCAAUCAUCAUCUCCAAUAUUCCCAAGCUGCCUGUUGUGUCCAAUGCCAGGGUCUGCAUUAGUGCCAACACUGCAGAUUGUGAAGAAUGGAUCAGCACAGGUCUGUAUCUUUCUCCUGGAAUGCGGACUUACGUUGCAGUACCCAAGGAAAUUAUGGGCAAAGGUUGGAAGCUGCAGAUUGGCUGUCAAACAGAUUAUUUAGGCAACGCCAACAGUCUGAGACGAGCCCCCGUUGUGCACGAGCGAUUCCCUCUAGAAGAACAGAUGCCUCUGGUCUGGAACCUCUGGGGAGGGCUCAUAUACCUGAUUGCACCUCCAUACACCAAGGUGGAGGCAGUGGAGGUGGUGCUACAGGAAGCCGUCAGAGCACCUUACUACAAAUCUGGAGAGACCAGCGUGGCAGACUGGGUCAACUCCAUCUGUGCUGCACCCGCCCCCUGGGCAGAACUGGAGUUUGAGAACGUCGUCAUCACCCUGCAGUCUGACGCCAUACGGCAGCUGGACCGUCCGGACAAGGUGGCAGAACUCUGGGACUCCAUCAUGAGGGGCGUGGCUGAUCUGGCCGCGAUACCCCCCAAGCUCCCCCGCAAGGAACGCUUUGUUGCUGACAUUCAGAUCUCAUGUGGCUUCAUGCAUGCCGGCUACCCCAUUAUGAUCCACUCCUACACUGCCCCAGAGAUGUUGAACGUGGAUGCAGCUCGCAAGUCUGGACUCUGGGGCUUCGUCCAUGAACUGGGCCACAACCAGCAGCGUGGCGUGUGGGAGUUCCCCCCGAACACCACAGAGUGCACUUGUAACCUGUGGUCUGUGUACGUGCACGAGGUGGUGCUAGGCAUCGACAGGGCACAGGCACAUGAGAACAUGUGUGCCGAUAGGCGGCAGGCUCGAGCCCAGAGCUACGCCACGAAUGGGAGACAACUGAAGCAGUGGGGCAUGUGGACAGCCCUGGAGACCUACAUGCAGCUGCAAGACGCAUUCGGCUGGGACGCCUUCAAGACGCUCUUUGCUGCCUACCACAACAUGAAUAACGUUCCAGGUGACAACGAUGGCAAAAUGAACCUGUACGCUGAAACAUUCUCCAGUGUGGUAAACAAGAACCUGGCCCCAUUCUUUAAAGCCUGGGGCUGGCCCAUCCAGGUCAGGACCGAGGAGAAGCUCUCCAGCCUGCCGGAGUGGAAGGACCACCCCAUGGCCCAGUAUGCUUGAUGUUAGCUGUACUAGCUCUGUUCUUGGUUUGAUGCCCUAAUGUGCCCAGCUGCACAGACUUCAGGUUAGUUUCACUGCACUGCUCAGAGUUUAGAGGAGGCCGAACGAACUCUGCUGCUCAUCCAGUUCUGCGUGUAAUGUCAUUAUUAUGAGCCUGUUACUGAUUUUAGGAGCGGUUUACAUUUUGGAAUGUUCAGAAGGCUCUCUACCCUACAUGAACUUAGUGAUAUUGUUAUUUGGUUGUUGUUAAUGGGUUUUCUAUUGCUGGUUUUCAUGUUAAAAUGAUUUAUAAUAGAACUACAUCUGUAGAAUUACAGAGGAAAUAACUGACAAAUUUGAUACAUGGGUUACUAAAGAAAAGACAAUCAUAUUUUUCAAUGUUCCUCUUUCUCUCCCUGGGUGUGUGGUUGUAUACACGCGACUGUGUCUUUUCAGUACCCUAAAUCUUACAUUAACUUCACUGAUUUUACAAAUUGUGAACAGUACACCACACGCACAACAAUGUAAUAGCUUUUUGGCGCAUGGUUAUGGAAACGUGUACUUAUGCUGCAGUGCUUAAAAAUAAAGUAUACAAUUUGA